GCGUUGGGGAUGGUUUGGAACUGCGUCUCGUUGAUUGUGGGGUUUACACCCAUAGUGACCCGGUCCUACUCGCCAGUGCUGAACCCUAACCCCCAGACAUCGCGACGUUCCUUUUCUGCUUGGCAAGCUGCAGCCUUGCACCCAUCUCAGCUUCAACUGCCGUCGGCCUUCUCACUCACCCAAACACCCAUCGUCUUGAGAGCAGCGCCCAGACCACUGCGCCAUGAACCAGAUCCGCGCCAUUCAGGCGCUCAACAAGCGCGAAAUUGAGAACGGGGUGCCGCCAGAAGCAUCCUGGCACGCCGACUACCGCGACACAGCAUUCAUCUACUUCGGGGGGCUGCCGUACGAGCUCUCCGAGGGCGACGUCAUCACCAUCUUCAGCCAGUUCGGCGAGCCCGUCUUCCUCAAGCUGGUGCGUGACAAGGAGACGGGCAAGUCCAAGGGCUUUGGCUGGCUCAAGUAUGAGGACCAGCGCAGCACCGAUUUGGCCGUCGACAACCUGGGCGGCGCGCAGAUCGCCGGACGAAUGAUCCGCGUCGACCAUGCCCGGUACAAGGCGCGGGAUGACGAGGACCUGGAGGAGUGCAGAAUCGGCUGGGAGGACAUGCUCCGCCGGGAACGGAGAGAGAAAGGGCUGCCGAGUGAGAGUGAGGAAGAGACGGACGACGAGGACGAGGCUCGACGGACACGGCCGAUGCUGAAAGAGGAACGGGAGCUGCAGCUGCUGAUACAGAACCACGAUGACGAUGAUCCGAUGAAGGAGUUCCUCAUAGAGGAGAAAAAGAAAGAGGUCGAGGAGGCGCUGCGGAGGGAGCAGAGACGGGCAGAAAAGGAAAGCCGGAGACAUCGAGAUAAGGACAGGGAUAGGCAUCGUCACCACCGCUUGCGCAGGUCGACUAGAGACCAUAGCGACGACGAGGGCCACGGAAGAGACAGAGAUAGGGACGAGCGCGAGUCCGAUAGAAAGAGAAGGUCCAAGAGAGACACAACUCCGAUUGAGGAACGCCGGGAUGACAGCGGGGAGGAGAGGCGAGUGAGGCGUCGUAGGGCCUCCUCUGACCGGGACCGGGACCGUGACCGUGACCAUGGCCGAGGAGACCGGGAUGACAGGUACAGGGAGAGAAGGGAGGAUCGCCGUCGCCGAGAUGACCGGGAGGACGUCGAUUAUCGAAAGGACCGUGACCGCCAUCGGCGCUACACACGAGACGACUCGCGGGAUCGUGGUGAUCGUCGACACCGUGACUCGGAUGAUAGGAGGAGGCACGGACGGGACAGGAGUCGAAGCAGAUCACCACGUUCAGAUCGGGAUUGAAGAUAUUCUGCGGGCGAGGAGAUCCCCAUAUCACCAAGCAAUGUGCAUGUUAUGUUAGACUGGCGAUGCAUGGCGGAUGCACCAUAUGAUGAGAUACCCCAUACAGCCAUGGAAGGAAUGAAAAAUAAACCAGUACACCAACCACUAAUGCCU